AGGCCGACUGCCUGAUUGCCCAGUUUCGCUGUGUUCAUUGUUCUUUAUUAUACACACACAUACACACACAUAGAUGCACACGGAGCAACAUAUAUUCUGAAUUCGAAGAAGAAGAAGAAGAAAUGUCUGCGAUAUUCAGAUGGAAGACAAAACUCAGACACAUUACCUGCAGUAUUACAUCCAUGUCCCUAUCAAAAACCUCUUCUUCUCUCUACCAUUUGUCAGUUAAACCACCACUCACACUCUUACCCUACUCGCACAGUCACCGCCAAUCGAUUCUAGGGCUAGGGUUUCAGGAGAGGCACAAAUGGGAUGGAAGUUCCGACGAGUACGAUCACAUUCGCGCCGAAGUGAACUGCCCUCGGUGUUCCAAGCUCAUGAACGUCCUCUUCUCGAACCGUCCGUUGUCAAUCACUGGUGGAGAGACGGGUAUAUACCAAGCCCUCAAUCUCUGCCCUAAUUGCAGGACCGCCUUCUAUUUCAGGCCGUUGAAGUUGGUUCCGUUGCAGGGGAGUUUCAUAGAGAUUGGUAGGGUUAAAGGGAAGGAGGAAGAUGGAAAUGUUUGCACAGAUGGUGACGAAAAUAGGAAAAUAGGAGCCAAGAUUAGGGAGAAAUUGAGGUCGUACGGUAGGGAUACGGUGGAGGAUUUCCCAACGCCCGCGAGUCCAAUUGGGGCUGAGAUGCGCACGCCGGUGGCGUCGGAUGCUGUGGUGCGGACGGGGAGUGGUGGGUCGGGUGGUAGUGGUGGUGAUGGGUGUUCUAGAGAGAGAAAUGGUUGGGGCGGGUCGAAUAUGGGGAAGGACUUACCCACUCCGAAGGAGAUAUGCAAGGGACUCGAUGAGUUUGUCAUUGGGCAAGAAAGAGCUAAAAAGGUGCUUUCUGUGGCAGUUUACAACCACUACAAAAGAAUACAUCAUGCUGCCUUGCAUAAAGAGUCAGGUGCCGAAUUUUGCAAGGCUGAUGUUGAAAAUGAUGAUAAUGAUUUUGUUGAGCUAGAAAAGAGCAAUGUGCUGCUGAUGGGUCCAACAGGCUCAGGGAAGACAUUACUCGCCAAAACACUAGCUCGCGUGGUUAAUGUGCCUUUUGUUAUUGCAGAUGCAACGGCAUUAACACAGGCAGGUUAUGUUGGAGAAGAUGUGGAAUCCAUAUUGUCCAAACUACUUACGGUUGCUGAGUUUAAUGUGGAAGCAGCUCAGCAAGGGAUUGUGUACAUCGAUGAAGUUGAUAAGAUAACUAAGAAGGCUGAGAGCUUAAAUAUCGGCAGAGAUGUAUCUGGAGAGGGUGUUCAACAGGCAUUGCUGAAAAUGUUGGAAGGAACCAUAGUUAAUGUUCCUGAUAAUAGAGCUCGAAGGCAUCCUCGUGGUGAUAGCAUUCAGAUAGAUACAAAAAAUAUCCUUUUUAUAUGUGGUGGAGCUUUUGUUGAUUUGGAAAAGACCAUCUCAGAAAGACGACAGGAUUCUUCUAUCGGUUUCGGAGCACCAGUUCGUGCAAAUAUGAGACUUGGCAGACUAACUAAUGCUGUAGUGACGUCAUCGUUAUUGGAAUCUGUAGAAAGUGGUGAUCUUAUUGCAUAUGGCCUCAUACCUGAAUUUGUAGGAAGAUUUCCUAUUUUAGUGAGUCUUUCUGCUCUAAACGAGGAUCAACUUGUUCAGGUCCUCACGGAGCCCAAAAAUGCUCUUGGUAAACAGUACAAGAAAAUGUUCAGCAUGAACAAUGUCAAUUUACAUUUCACGGAUAUUGCACUGAGGUUAAUUGCAAAGAAAGCAAUGUCAAAGAACACUGGUGCCCGAGGUUUAAGAACCAUAUUAGAAAAUAUACUUACAGAAGCCAUGUUUGAGAUUCCUGAUGCCAAAACAGGACAAAAUACCAUAGAUGCAGUUUUGGUUGAUGAAGAGGCUGUAGGAACGGUGGACACAGCAGGAUGCGGAGCAAAAAUUCUCAGUGGUGAUGAUAUAUCUGACCCGCCUUUCCACAUAAGAAAUUUUAAAGAUCCCAUUGAAAAAGGCAUGGCUGCUGAUGGGGCGUUAGAAGAAGAAGACUUAGAGCUCUCAUCAAGAGCCAUUUGCCUGUGAACUUAGUUUUUUGGCAUUUGUAAAGUCUCGUAAUAAUAUUUAUUAUAGUUGUGAAAUAACCAAGUCUAUUUGGGAUUAGUGUUUUUGAAAAGUGUUUCCUUUUUCCUCAUAAAAAGAAAAAAGAAAAAAGAAAAAGAAUAUGAUAUGUAUAAAAAGCAUUUGGGGGAGCAUUUCCAUCA